AUGGAUGUAACCAAGGAGCAUCUGAAUCCACUGGGUCAUCUGCAUGAGGGUUGUCUGGCUACAUUGGUCGAUAUUGUAACCACAGCUGCAUUGGCCGCUAGUAAGGUCGGUAUGCCGGGCGUCACCGUGGAUUUGACAAUGUCGUACCCGAACUGCGCAGAGCUGGGUGAUACGAUUGUUGUGAAUGGCACUGUGCUGCACAGCGACAAAAGAUUCGCCUACACUCGUGCCGAAAUAUGCCGAAAAACGGACGAUUUGUUGAUCGCUUAUGGACAGCAUACUAAGGCAUUACUUGCUAAGCGCCACAGGAUUUGUCAUUGCUGUCAUUCUAAAAGCCGUUGUACAGACGCAGAAUGUAGGGAACCACGUUGUCCACGAAGAUUAAAUAUCACAUGA